CUGCAUUCAGGCUUCAGGGUGGAGGGGCAGUGAAGGAGGGAGCCAGGGCAAGGCAGGGACAUAGGCCUGAUGCAGCCUUCCUUCUCUCCAGGCCCCUGCCAGCUUGAGUUUUUCCUCUCGCAGGCACAUUCAAGAAACCAAGGCGCAGCCAUGCCGGACGCGGAGAUGGCGGCGUUUGGGGAGGCCGCCCCCUACCUGCGCAAGACAGAGAAGGAGCGGCUGGAGGCCCAGACCCGGCCUUUUGACCUCAAGAAGGACGUCUUUGUGCCUGAUGACAAAGAGGAGUUCGUCAAGGCCAAAGUUUUGUCUCGUGAGGGUGGUAAAAUCACCGCCGAGACCGAGCAUGGCAAGACGGUGACCGUGAAGGAGGACCAGGUGUUGCAGCAGAACCCGCCCAAGUUCGACAAGAUCGAGGACAUGGCCAUGCUGACCUUCCUGCACGAGCCUGCGGUGCUCUACAACCUCAAGGAUCGCUACGCCUCCUGGAUGAUCUAUACCUACUCGGGCCUCUUCUGCGUCACCAUCAACCCCUACAAGUGGCUGCCGGUGUACAACGCCGAGGUGGUGGCUGCCUACCGGGGCAAGAAGAGGAGUGAGGCGCCGCCCCACAUCUUCUCCAUCUCUGACAACGCCUACCAGUACAUGCUGACAGACAGAGAAAACCAGUCCAUCCUGAUCACCGGAGAAUCUGGGGCAGGGAAGACGGUCAACACCAAGAGGGUCAUCCAGUACUUUGCUGUCAUUGCCGCCAUUGGGGACCGCAGCAAGAAGGAGCAGACCCCAAGCAAGGGCACCCUGGAGGACCAGAUCAUCCAGGCCAACCCAGCUCUGGAGGCCUUCGGCAACGCCAAGACCAUCCGGAAUGACAACUCCUCUCGCUUUGGGAAAUUCAUUCGAAUCCAUUUUGGGGCGACUGGAAAGUUGGCAUCUGCAGACAUAGAGACCUACCUUCUGGAAAAAUCCAGAGUUAUUUUCCAGCUGAAAGCAGAGCGAGAUUAUCACAUUUUCUACCAGAUCCUGUCUAACAAAAAGCCUGAGCUGCUGGACAUGCUGCUGAUCACUAACAACCCCUAUGACUAUGCAUUCAUCUCCCAAGGAGAGACCACUGUGCCCUCAAUUGAUGAUGCUGAGGAGCUCAUGGCCACUGAUAACGCCUUUGAUGUGCUGGGCUUCACGUCAGAGGAGAAGAACUCCAUGUACAAGCUGACGGGCGCCAUCAUGCACUUUGGAAACAUGAAGUUCAAGCUGAAGCAGCGAGAGGAGCAGGCGGAGCCUGAUGGCACCGAAGAGGCUGACAAAUCUGCCUACCUCAUGGGACUGAACUCAGCCGACCUGCUCAAGGGGCUGUGCCACCCUCGGGUGAAAGUGGGCAAUGAGUACGUCACCAAGGGGCAGAACGUCCAGCAGGUGGAGUAUGCCAAAGGGGCACUGGCCAAGGCAGUGUAUGAGAAGAUGUUCAACUGGAUGGUGACGCGGAUCAACGCCACCCUGGAGACCAAGCAGCCGCGCCAGUACUUCAUAGGGGUCCUGGACAUCGCUGGCUUCGAGAUCUUUGAUUUCAACAGCUUUGAGCAGCUCUGCAUCAACUUCACCAAUGAGAAGCUGCAGCAGUUCUUCAACCACCACAUGUUCGUGCUGGAGCAGGAGGAGUACAAGAAGGAGGGCAUCGAGUGGGAGUUCAUCGACUUCGGCAUGGACCUGCAGGCCUGCAUCGACCUCAUCGAGAAGCCCAUGGGCAUCAUGUCCAUCCUGGAGGAGGAGUGCAUGUUCCCCAAGGCCACCGACAUGACCUUCAAGGCCAAGCUGUUCGACAACCACCUGGGCAAGUCCGCCAACUUCCAGAAGCCACGUAACAUCAAGGGCAAGCCGGAAGCCCACUUCUCCCUGAUCCACUACGCCGGCACCGUGGACUACAACAUCCUGGGCUGGCUGCAGAAGAACAAGGACCCGCUCAACGAGACGGUGGUGGACUUGUACAAGAAGUCCUCCCUCAAGUUGCUCAGCAGCCUGUUUGCCAACUACGCCGGGUUUGAUGCACCUAUUGAUAAGACGAAAGGCAAGGCCAAGAAGGGCUCAUCCUUUCAAACUGUGUCAGCUCUGCACAGGGAGAAUCUGAACAAGCUGAUGACCAACUUGCGCUCUACCCACCCCCACUUCGUGCGUUGCAUCAUCCCCAAUGAGACAAAGUCUCCAGGAGUGAUAGACAACCCCCUGGUCAUGCACCAGCUGCGCUGCAACGGCGUGCUGGAGGGCAUCCGCAUCUGCAGGAAGGGCUUCCCCAACCGCAUCCUCUACGGGGACUUCCGGCAGCGAUAUCGCAUCCUGAACCCAGCGGCCAUCCCCGAGGGCCAGUUCAUUGACAGCAGGAAAGGGGCGGAGAAGCUACUGGGCUCCCUGGACAUUGAUCACAACCAGUACAAGUUCGGCCACACCAAGGUGUUCUUCAAGGCGGGGCUGCUGGGGCUGCUGGAAGAGAUGCGAGAUGAGAGGCUGAGCCGCAUCAUCACCCGCAUUCAGGCUCAGUCCCGGGGUGUGCUCUCCAGAAUGGAGUUCAAGAAGCUGCUGGAGCGCAGAGACUCCCUGCUGAUAAUCCAGUGGAACAUUCGCGCCUUCAUGAGUGUCAAGAACUGGCCAUGGAUGAAGCUAUUCUUUAAGAUCAAGCCACUGCUGAAGAGUGCAGAGACUGAGAAGGAGAUGGCCACCAUGAAGGAGGAGUUUGCACGCCUCAAAGAGGCGCUGGAGAAGUCUGAGGCUCGCCGCAAGGAGCUGGAGGAGAAGAUGGUGUCCCUGCUGCAGGAGAAGAAUGACCUGCAGCUCCAAGUGCAGGCGGAACAAGACAACCUGGCUGACGCAGAGGAGCGCUGUGACCAGCUGAUCAAAAACAAGAUCCAGCUGGAGGCCAAGGUGAAGGAGAUGACGGAGAGGCUGGAGGAUGAGGAAGAGAUGAACGCCGAGCUCACUGCCAAGAAGCGCAAGCUGGAAGAUGAGUGCUCUGAGCUCAAAAGGGACAUUGAUGACCUGGAGCUGACACUAGCCAAGGUGGAGAAGGAGAAGCAUGCAACAGAGAACAAGGUGAAGAACCUGACUGAGGAGAUGGCUGGGCUGGACGAGAUCAUCGCCAAGCUGACCAAGGAGAAGAAAGCUCUGCAAGAGGCCCACCAGCAGGCCCUGGAUGACCUUCAGGCCGAGGAGGACAAGGUCAACACCCUGACCAAGGCCAAGGUCAAGCUGGAGCAGCAUGUGGACGAUCUGGAGAGUGCUCCGAAGAAGCUGGCCCAGAGGCUCCAGGAUGCUGAGGAGGCCGUGGAGGCCGUCAAUGCCAAGUGCUCCUCCCUGGAGAAGACCAAGCACCGGCUGCAGAACGAGAUCGAGGACCUGAUGGUGGAUGUGGAGCGCUCCAACGCAGCCGCCGCGGCCCUGGACAAGAAACAGAGGAACUUCGACAAGAUCCUGGCCGAGUGGAAACAGAAGUACGAGGAGUCGCAGUCGGAGCUGGAGUCCUCGCAGAAGGAGGCGCGCUCCCUCAGCACCGAGCUCUUCAAGCUCAAGAACGCCUACGAGGAGUCCCUGGAGCACCUGGAGACCUUCAAGCGGGAGAACAAGAACCUGCAGGAGGAGAUUUCUGACCUGACGGAGCAGCUGGGCUCCAGUGGAAAGACCAUCCAUGAGCUGGAGAAGGUCCGCAAGCAGCUGGAGGCUGAGAAGCUGGAGCUGCAGUCGGCCCUGGAGGAGGCUGAGGCCCUGCGGGUGAAGAAGAAGAUGGAGGGUGACCUCAACGAGAUGGAGAUCCAGCUCAGCCAUGCCAACCGCAUGGCCACCGAGGCCCAGAAACAAGUCAAGAGCCUCCAGAGCUUGCUGAAGGACACCCAGAUCCAGCUGGAUGACUCAGUCCGUGCCAAUGACGACCUGAAGGAGAACAUUGCCAUCGUGGAGAGGCGCAACAACCUGCUGCAGGCUGAGCUGGAGGAGCUGCGGGCAGUGGUGGAGCAGACGGAGCGGUCCCGGAAGCUGGCUGAGCAGGAGCUGAUCGAGACCAGCGAGCGGGUACAGCUGCUGCAUUCCCAGAAUACCAGCCUCAUCAACCAGAAGAAGAAGAUGGAUGCAGACCUGUCCCAGCUUCAGACUGAAGUGGAGGAGGCGGUGCAAGAGUGCAGGAACGCCGAGGAGAAGGCCAAGAAGGCCAUCACCGAUGCCGCCAUGAUGGCGGAGGAGCUGAAGAAGGAGCAGGACACCAGCGCCCACCUGGAGCGCAUGAAGAAGAACAUGGAGCAGACCAUCAAGGACCUGCAGCACCGACUGGACGAGGCCGAGCAGAUCGCCCUCAAGGGAGGCAAGAAGCAGCUACAGAAGCUGGAGGCACGAGUGCGGGAGCUGGAGAACGAGCUGGAGGCCGAGCAGAAGCGCAAUGCUGAGUCGGUCAAGGGCAUGAGGAAGAGCGAGCGGCGCAUCAAGGAGCUCACCUACCAGACGGAGGAGGACAGGAAGAACCUGCUGCGGCUGCAGGACCUGGUGGACAAGCUGCAGCUGAAGGUCAAGGCCUACAAGCGCCAGGCCGAGGAGGCGGAGGAACAAGCCAACACCAACCUGUCCAAGUUCCGCAAGGUGCAGCACGAGCUGGAUGAGGCGGAGGAGCGGGCAGACAUCGCCGAGUCCCAGGUCAACAAGCUGCGGGCCAAAAGCCGCGACAUCGGCACGAAGAAGGGCUUGAACGAGGAGUAGAUUUGCCACGUCGUCUUGAUCUGUCCCAUCCUAAGGGUGCAACAAAGCUCCCAGUCCUGGAGCCUGGAGAGCAGCCCCUAUGGCGGAAGCAGAAUAAAGCAAUUUUCCUUGAAGUGAGAA